CUCCACGGUGUUCAGGGCUGUAUCUGCUCCUUGAAAGGAGGCAUAUAGGGGUGUGGAAGCCCUCAGAGGGCAACAGGUGCAGGGGAUACCUCAGAUUCAUUAUUUCCCAGGGGGAUCCAUUCCAGUUUUGGACAGCCAUGGUCAAUGCUGAUUCCUGUAUGUGUAAAGACGCUCCAGCUGCCAGGGAGUGAGAACUGAGGGGGUCAGCGAUCCACCUGCUGUGAGGCAGCCAUCCCGCCGGCAGCUCUUGGCUCAGGUGACAAAGAAGGAGUUAACAAGUGUGAGUGCAAGAACCCCAGGCCGGCGACCAGCCCAGAGCACAGGGAGCAGGACUGAGCUGGUGGGCUCAGGCUGGUGUGAACAUGAAGGCGUUCUGCAGGGCUCUGCUGGCUCUGUGCUGGGCUUUCAGGGUCGGAGAAUCUCGAGAGAGCCUCCCGAUGCAGAGCCUGCGCUGCUACAAUGACUACACCUCCCAGACGACCUGCACGUGGCAGGAAUGCACAGCGGCACGUCGCUUCCUCAAUAUGACUCUUCACCAUGAGGACACUAGAGGCAACACACAGAUCCCAUGUGAGCUUCAGAGAGCCGAGGGGUUGCCGAUCUGCCAGGACUCCUGUGUCUGCUGGAGCUGCCACAGGAACAGCACCCUUUUUGCUAUGGGGGUGCAUGAUACUUACACUUUCAAACCUGAUCGGUUGCUGCAGGCCGAGCUGAACAUCAACCUCUCCCAGAAUGUCCAGACCCUCCCACCUCAGAAGCGCUGGAUCAAUGUCACUGAAGCAGCCUGGGAAGCAGCUGGAGGGACAAAGGGAAGACACCAGCUGCCCAAUGCACUGGAGCUUGACAUGGAAUCCUGGGAGAAAUCUUCCUCUGUGUCAGUCACACGCUCCUCCCACGGCCUGCUGAGGUGUGAUGCCCUUGUGCCGAGCAGCAACUAUAUAGCUCGUGUGCCAUUCAAGCCAAGCCAGGGUGCUGGUUGGUCUGGGCAGUCCAGCAAAUGGAGCACUGCCAUGUCCUGGAAGUCUCAGGAAGGGGAUGAGGCUCAGCCCAAGAACCUUCGCUGCCUCUUCAAUGGGGUUGAUCGGCUAACGUGCAGCUGGGAAGUGAGGAGAGAGGUCACCAGCUCUGUCUUGUUCACGCUCUUCUACAGAACCCCACCGGCAUCAGAAGAGACAGAAUGCUCUCCAGUCCAUGAGGAGGAAUUGCCUGGCAGCAACUACCAGUUCCACAGCUGUGAGAUCAAUGUCACCAACCCCAGCAGGCUGAGCCAGUACCUCAUAACUGUCCGGCCCAAGAAGGAGGAGAAACUGAUUAAAGCCUACGAAAACAUCAAGCCACUUGCGCCUGUCAACGUGACAAUGACAAAGACAAAAGACCAGGAGUAUGAGUUGAGAUGGACAAAACAGAUCCCAAGCGCUAUAGGCCAGAUAUAUGAAUUCUUAUAUUGGAAGACUGGUGACUCCUUGGAGAAUGCCCAGCUUGUAAACAUCAGCAAUGAUAAGCCUCCCCGCAUCUUCACCCUGCAGAUGCUGGAGCCCUCCACACGCUAUAGGGGGAGAAUGCGGGCGAGGGUGCACUUGGGCGACUACGAGAGGCCCUGGAGCGAGUGGAGUGAGGAGUGCACCUGGGAAACUGAGAGUGUCUGGUCACCACUGAUUCUCCCACUGCUGGUUCCAGUCUUCACCAUCAUGCUGAUAGCAUUUGGCUGGUGCAGUUAUAGAGGCUUACUCAGCAAGAAGAAAAAAUGGGAGGAAAAGAUUCCAAAUCCCAGCAAGAGUCAGCUGCUCCAGAGCUACCUCCAGAAAAUACAGCUCGGGAUUCCGCUGCCAAGCAGCCAGCUGGACUUUGGCAAGCAGAGCCCUUCCAAGAAGACAGACCUGGUCAGCUUCAUUCAAGUGCUGGAUGGACCGAUGAAAGUUAAUUCAGCAGAGCUCCCUGCAGCCAUGGCCGAUAGGAUGAUGUGCUUCCUUGGUGCACUGGACCCAGAGAACCCGUAUCAGACUCUUGAAAUGACAACUCCAGCUCCACAUCCGGCAGCCCCGGCUCGCUGCCAUUCAAGUCAGGGCACCAGUCAGUCCCUGUCGCCAGCCACGCUCCCCUGGAGGAGCAGUGCUAAGGUCACUGCUUCUCAGGCACCCAUGUCCUGCUUUGACUUUAAUGGUCCAUACUUGAGCCUCCCCCAUGGGUGCUCCCUGCCUGACGUUCAUCAGGACUGGGAAGCUGCCCCACUGGGAACCAGGGAGAGGCUUGUGUCCCUGGAGUACGUGUCCCUACCCCAGGGGGCCCCUUCCCAGACCCUGCUGGUGGGGGAGGAGAGAGGAGCAGCUCAGCUCCACCCCGUCUCGCUUCCUGCUCAGAAAGAGAUGAAGCAGCCCCUUGCUGGAGGGCAAGAAGGGCCACAAGGCCAGCCAGCAGGUGGGGAAGUGGUGCAAGGGGACACUGAAGGUCAAAGGUCACCAAUUGCUGCCAUCUUAAACAACUCCUGUCAGAAAUGGCCAGUGGGAUACGUCACCACGGAAGGUUUGUCACUGAUGCCAGCAAGAGACUCUGCCCAUCUGUCCCCUGCACUGGCCCCACCAGAGGGGAUGCUCACUGCUGCUGCCAUGUUGACAUCCAACCCAUGAUGGCUCCAGGCCACAGAGGGCGGCUCCAGCCCUGCAUUGGGCCCUGAGACAACUGAAGUCGCAGUCCCAGUUCCAUCUCCAGCAUUAGCCACUCCCUCUGGAGCACACCAGCAUAUAUUUGGGCAGGGGCGGCUCUAGAA